CUUUCAAGCUUUUAGAAUCAAACUUUCCACUUUUGCCCUCGUUAUCGUUGAAAAGUGUAACUGUGCUAUAUAAAUAUCAGACUUCUUCACCCUCUACUAUUCAUUCAUUUUUUUCUCUAGGCAAUGUGAGAAAAAGAUAAGAGGAAUAAAUAUCUGACAGAAAAAAAUAUGGGUUCAAGUUCUAAAGAACUGAAUUUGGAUUUGAACUGUGUUUACGUGCCGAAAAUCAUUUCAGAUGUUUUAACAGAAGUUUCUGCCAUAGAUGAUAUAUCUAAGAAAUUGUCAAAGCUCAAUCACUUUGUUCUUUCUUUAGAAGAAGAACUCAGAAAGAUCGAAGCUUUCAAACGUGAAUUGCCCCUUUGCAUGGUUCUCCUAAAAGAUGCUAUUGAGAGAUUAAAGGAGGAAGCUUUGCAGUAUAAGGGAAAAGGUAAAAGGCCUGUGAUGGAGGAAUUCAUUCCAUUGAAAAGUAAUUCUAAUGAAAGUGGAAGGGUAAAAAUGUCAAAUGACAUAAGUGAUAAGAAAAAGUGGAUGAGCUCUGCUCAGCUGUGGAGCACCCCAGUUCACUAUGAAAGCAUUGAUCUUGGAAAGCAGGGACAGUUUUUACAGCUAAAAUCUAGUGGUGCAGAAGGGAGAGAGAGAGAGAAUGAAUACGAGUUAGGAAUAUAUAAAUUGAAGAAUGACAGAGGGGCAUUUAUGCCAUUUCAAGAAAAUUCUGUCCGAUCGGUGAAAGAUGAGAAAAAUGGUAAACCAGUCAAUGAUUUGUCCCUGUGUAUGGCAGUGGGUGAGAGAGAAGAGGGUCCAAAUCCAGUUGAUGUGAGUGUGAAAAUAGAUAACGGCGGCGGCAGAUCAAAUGGGUGUAGUAGUAAUUUUUUACAGGACAAAUCACAGCAGAGGAAACAGAGGCGUUGCUGGUCUCCAGAAUUGCAUCGUAGAUUUGUUGAUGCUCUUCAUCAACUUGGAGGUCCCCAAGUGGCUACACCAAAACAGAUAAGAGAGAUCAUGCAAGUGGAUGGCCUAACCAAUGACGAAGUGAAAAGCCAUUUACAGAAAUUUAGACUUCAUGUCCGAAGAGUCCCAGUAUCGGGUUGUUCAUGGUCUACAAUGGAUGAAAUAGGAGAGUCUUCAAAGACAAAUGCUACACAAUCUGGUUCGCCUGAAGGCCCUCUUCAUUUUACUGGUUCAGGUUCAGCUAAAGGGGUGUCUAUAAAUGAAGGAGAAACAAUGGAAGAAAAUGAAGAAGAGGAUAAUAAAUCAGAAAGUUAUACUUGGAAUGGACAAAUUCCAAAGAGCAUUGAAGCUCAUGUUUAACAUCAAGUAGCCAUAAAUUUUGCAGCUACAGAAAUAGGACAGACAAAACAUAGUAACAAAUAACUGAGAAUGGCUGAGUUCUUUAAAAACAGGAAAAUAGGAAAUAGAUAUCUGCUGGUUUUAACAUGCUUGUUGUGAAAUCAGGUUUAACUUUAAACAUCUUUGAUUGUUUUUCUUUUUUACAUUGUAAGUAGGACUCAUAAUUUGGAUAGUCAGAUAUUGAUACAGCUGGUCGGGUCCGGUGAAACUGGAGAGGAAUUAUCAAUUUACAAACUAUAUUAAGCUUUAUAUACUGUUCAAAAUGCUUUUAGUAUUAA